GUUGCAGAUCAACAUCACUGUUGCCUCGGUUUAACAGAGCAGGGCGACACUUUUGAACCCAUUGUCAAAAGGGUACACUUUCCAACGAGCAGGUGUUUGUCUACAAGUCGGCUAUACAUCUUCCACAUCAAGAUGUUGGCGUGCACAAAGAUGAUCACUAUGUGCCUUCAGUCGGCGAAAAAUAAGCACCUUCGCUCUCAGCAGGAACAUCCGCAGCCACUGCAUAGCCCUGUUAAUGGACUUCCAAUUUUCAAAGAUAUUUUCUGCCGCGCUGACAAAAACGAUGAUGGAAAACUGUCGUUUGAUGAGUUCAAUGCUUAUUUCGCAGACGGGAUUCUCACCACUGAGGAGUUGCAGGAGCUCUUCUACUCCAUAGAUGGGCGGCAGAAUAACAACCUAGAUACCGACAAACUAUCAGAUGACUUUGCUCAACACUUGGGGGGAUAUGUGAAUGUCCUCUCUGCUCUGGAGAUCCUAAAUGUUGCCAUCUUGGAGGCUAUGAACAAAACUAAAAAGGAGUACCAGGACUCCUCUGUGCUGGGACAGUUUGUGACCCGCUUCAUGCUGAGGGAGACCUCCAGCCAGCUGCUCUCUCUCCAAAUGUCCCUGCAGUGUGCCAUGGAGGCUGUGGAAGAGCAGAGCAGGCCCGCACCUGUUCUACGUGCUGUAGUGCCCUUUGGGGCUUCUACCUUGCCAAGCAGGAGAACUGUCCCAGUCAUACACUCCCUCGGCUUUGGGGAUAGGAGAGCGGUGGAGGUGGCGGAGCAUCCCUCAGCGCAGAGAAACAGCAGACGAUGUGGCCGCAAGUUUCAGAAGAACAUGUGCCUCUCCCCUACCCACCCCUAUUCAGGCAUCCUCACUACAGGAGUGACCAUGGAGAUUGAUGACCACUGGUGCUCCCAGAUCAACAGGCUCCAGCAGCUAUUGGACAAGCUGGAGUGGCAGGGUCCAAAAUUGGAACCUCUGAAAGAAGAUAUGCUGGCCAGUACAUACAAAUCUAACAUCCUGCUGGUGCAGACGCAGAUGACGGCAACGGAGGACCUCGAGGAGUUCCAGAAGCUGCUCAAGGGCUAUGUGGACGCCACGUCCAACCACAGCGACAACUUGCAUGUGUCUAUCCAGAAGCUCGCGGGAAAGUCGUGCUACAUAAUGUAUGAGUUUUGGCAGGAUCGUAUCUCCUGGAUGAGCCACCUGCAGUCCAAUGCCAGUAAGAAAUUCCAGCGCUGUGUCAUUGAUACAUUGGAGGAUUCCGAGCUUGUGUCUACCAUGCUGCUCCCAGCAUCCUGGUGGAUUAUGACUGACUAACUAGCAGCAGACCAUGUAUCCCGCCCCCACAUACACACAACACAACCUCAAGACAAGAAAUUCAACAUUUCAUCCAAGUGUUUCGGUUCAAAGCUACCGGAUACGGAACACUGCAUUAAAACAGCAUCUUGCGGCAUCUUUCUUAUGUACCAGUCAAAAGUUUGCACACACCUACUCAUUCAAGGGUUUGUCUUUGUUUUGACUAUUAUCUA